AUCGCCGAGCUGCUGAUGUGGCCGCUGUGUCUGUCAAAUAAAAAGUUCAUCAGACAGUUUUCGGUCAAAAGUGUGACGAUGAAACUUUUUCUUUUUGUUUUAUUCAGUAUCUCAGGCCUGACCAAGGCGGAUGAGGACGAGCGACUGCCGAAUAAGUGCGAAGUGUGUAAGUUCCUGACAGUGGAGCUCCAAGAGGUUUUGGAGAAAACCGGUCGGUCCAAAGAGGUUCUGGAGGUGGGAGAGGUUCUGGAUACCGGGAAGAGGAAGAAGAAAAUAAAAUACAACACUUCAGAAACUCGACUGACAGAGGCAGUGGACGGCUUAUGUGAGCGCAUCCUCCAGUACAGUGUUCAUGCAGAAAGGCCGGGCAGUCUCCGCUACGCUAAGGGUUCCAGUCAAACCAUGACCACCCUGAAGAAUCUGGUCCACAAAGGAGUCAAAGUGGAUCUGGGCAUUCCCUUGGAGAUGUGGGACGAGCCCUCAGUGGAAGUUGCAGACAUGAAGAAACAGUGUGAGCGGAUGCUGGAGGAGUACGAGGAGAUCGUGGAGGACUGGUACUUCCACAAUCAGGACCAAAGACUGGAGAACUUCCUCUGUGAAAAGCACGUCCUCAGUUCUUCAGACCGAGAAUGUCUAAAGGAGGUGUGGAAGGGAGAUCCAGGCGCAAAUGGAGGCACUGAAGAGGCGGGGGUUAAAGGUCAGGCAAAGGAAGAGAAGGCGCAUGAUGCUGGAGAAUUGUGAUCCAAACACCAGGAAACAUGGCGUCAAUUUUCAGUGACUCUGUGAUGACACAAAGGAUGGAGUGAAAUGCUGCCAGCUUCAUUUUGAGGCUGAAUUUUUUUGCACUCUUUUCGUGUUCAGUCCAUUUACCAUUUUGUAUAAAAUGGGAACGUUACAACCUCAGUGAAGAAUAUAUGCUUUUAUACACACUACUUAUGAAUGUAUAGUUCUGUAUUUUAUCAAUAAAAC